AUGGCGUCGCCCGGCAACGCGCAGACGACCCCAUCGAGCGGCGCGCGGCUGGGCCGAAGCGGAGGCGGCGGGGGCGGCAGUAGCGUCCCCGUGUCGGCCGUCGUUGGCGCCGACCCCGCUUUCGACCCUAGCACCCUCCGAGAGGAUGAGUUCGAGAAGCACGUGGUGUACAUCGUGCCCGACGUCGCCACGGAGCCGGGCUGCCCCAACCGCGCGCAGGAGUCGCUGCCCCGCAACCUGGUGCUGCGACCCAGCCAAGCGCUCAGCGAUGUACAAGGUGUUUGGAGUACUGGGUACAUACCACCAGGAACCAGAUUUGGUCCUCUUGUUGGAGAAGUUUAUGCUAAGGAUGCUGUUCCCAGCACUGCCAACAGAAAAUAUUUCUGGAGGGUGCAAAUUAAAGAAGAACUGGGACACUGGCCUAAGGUCUACAAGGACAAUGAAUUAUAUUAUUAUAUGGAUGGUUAUGAUGUCAGCAAGUCCAACUGGAUGCGAUUUGUAAACCCAGCAUAUUCAUCAGAGUCUCAAAAUCUAAUUGCCUGCCAGUACAAGAUGAAUAUCUAUUUUUACACAAUCAAGCCAAUCCUACCCAACCAAGAAUUGUUAGUGUGGUACUGUCGAGAGUUUGCAGAAAGGCUUAAUUACCCACUGACUGGGGAGCUCAUGUUGCAGAGAAUACGACAGCAGGUUAAUGGUGUGGCACCUCCAGCCUCACUGCCUGAGGUAUCAACAACAGCUGCAGCCAGCCCAACGCGGCCUCCCAGUAAGGAUGCUGGAGCACCGUAUGAACCAAGAACCACACAGUUCACUCCUACGGCAGAUGGUUCUGUGCGUUCUGAUGAGGGCUACCACAGCAACGAAUAUCAUGAUGAUGCCUUCACACCACCUGAGGACAGCAGUGAUUCAGACAGUGAUAAUUAUGUCCUCGAUUUCAGUAAGAAAUCAUCCCAAAAAGAGACAAGUGUUGUUGUUGAACCACCAGAUGUUCAGAAAAAUGAAUACCGGAAAGUAAAAAUCAAGAUAACAAAAGCUUACCAUUACAAAAGUGCCAAGAAUGAAGCAGUACCAGAAACAACUGUUGUCGCAGACCUUGAGAAGGAGAGGUUAUCACCUGUCGCUACAGUUCAUGCACCACCAGCACCAGUAGCGGUGCCAAAAUCUGAAGUACUAGAUGCACCACCCACCAGUACCACAUCUGUCAUUGUCAAUGAGUCAUCACUGAAAAAACCAUUUUAUGAGCCAGAUGUCGUACGUGAGCCAACACCACCAAAUCGCCAUCGUGUAAGUCCUCUCGGAGGCACGAGCAUUCUCGAAAACAUACUGCUGCGUAACAGGCCAAAUGCAGGUCAGCAAGCAGAAGUCAGUGAGAGAAGUAAUAAUAAUAAUGAUGGUGGAAGCAAUCCACCACAUGCCACUCCACCACCACCAUCUUCACCGACAGAGAUGGCAUACUCUUACAAGAAGUCACAUCGCUACGGACCACUUCCGUGCAGUCCUGACUCGAGUUCUGGUGCAGGUCACAUUAUCCCACAGCAGCCCCCACCACCACCUCUACCCUUAUCACCGGUUCACCAGCCACACAUGAUCCACCACCCUGUACCGAGACAUCGAUCACCACGUACACCGACCCCACCUCCUCCACCCCCACCACCUAUGUUAUACAGCCACCCUCAACCCAUUGCUGUACCUCCUCACCAUCUUGAUGUCUCAUAUUUACCUUCUACAGCUGGUCCAGCAACUAUGUUCAAUACCCAUCAGCCUCCAUAUCCUUACGGUCUGUAUGCCACUCCAGCCCCUCCACCACAACAAAAUGGGCACCAUCCUCAUCAUCCACCACCUCACUUACCAACUCCUUCUUACUCACCACCUCAUCUACUCCAUCCACCUACUGUUGUUAUGCACCACCCCAAUACGAGCAGUCAUCAGAUGCUAACUCCCCUACAACCAUCUCCUCCUUCUUCAUUGUCACCAGAUGGCAGUGGGGGAGUAACACGGAGUAACAGCCCCCACAGCCCAAAUAACAACACCGCUACAGGAAAUGGGCGUGGAUAUCGGUCUCUCCCUUACCCACUGAAGAAAAAAGACGGAAAGAUGCACUAUGAGUGCAAUGUGUGCUGCAAGACCUUCGGUCAACUGUCAAACCUCAAGGUGCACCUGAGGACACAUUCCGGGGAGAGACCAUUCAAAUGCAAUGUUUGCACAAAAAGCUUCACACAACUUGCACACCUGCAGAAACAUCAUCUAGUCCACACAGGAGAGAAGCCUCAUCAGUGUGAAAUUUGCCAGAAGAGGUUCAGUUCCACAUCAAACCUAAAAACUCACUUGAGACUACACUCUGGUCAAAAACCUUAUGCCUGUGACUUGUGCCCUGCUAAGUUCACACAAUUCGUGCAUCUAAAAUUACACAAAAGACUGCACACUAACGAACGGCCCUAUACGUGCCAGGGUUGUUCCAAGAAGUACAUCAGUGCUUCUGGUUUAAGGACACAUUGGAAAACCACAAGCUGCAGGCCAAACAACAUUGAGGAAGAGCUGGCAUUAGCAGCUGCAGCGGCUGCCGGUUCCCCCCCAGGAUAUUAUGAAUACAAUAGUAUGGAUGUCAAUAUGGGAAGCCUUGAAAGAGAGAUGCCAGAGAUGGACUCAAAAGACUCUUUCCGCAGCCAACAAUCCCAGCACUGCAUUGCGACUGCCAACUUGGGAUCACAGGAGCCACCUAGGCCAAGUGUGAUAGAAUCUUCACAGCCACAUGUUAUUGAAUGCACUUAAUGUGGACUUGUUAGUGUUGAAUACAGAAAAAUGACUCAUGUGGUGCAGCCAGUGUUAACUGAACCAACACAUUAGAUGUACCUCCACUAUUCUGUGGUGAUGUUCUUAGUUACAUUUUUAAAAGUUCUGGAUGUUUGCUUCCCAUGAUUAGAUGUUAUGUGGUAGAACAUUCAUUGAG